AUGGCCGAGCUGGCUGCACGGCGCUGCUGCCUGGGCUGGGACUGGAGCACUCAGCAGGUGAAGCUGGUGGCGGUUGAUACGGAGAUGAACGUCUUCUACGAGGACAGUGUGUGUUUUGACAGAGACCUGGGAGAAUUUGGGACUCAAGGUGGAGUUCACGUUCACAAGGACGGGCUGACAGUCACGUCUCCAGUCCUCAUGUGGGUCCAGGCUUUGGACAUGCUCCUAGAGAAGAUGAAGGCUGCAGGCUUUGACUUUUCUCAGGUCCUCGCCUUGUCUGGAGCAGGCCAGCAACACGGCAGUGUGUUCUGGAAGACAGGGGCCAGCAGGGUGUUGCAGAGCCUGUCACCGGACCUCCCACUACACAAGCAGCUGCAGGCCUGCUUCUCCAUCGGCAACUGCCCCGUGUGGAUGGACUCCAGCACCAGCGCCCAGUGUCGUCAGCUGGAGGCUGCAGUCGGUGGUGCCCAGGCUCUCAGCCGCCUCACUGGCUCCCGCGCCUAUGAGCGCUUCACAGGAAACCAGAUAGCCAAGGUUUACCAGCAGAAUCCCGAAGCCUACUCGCACACAGAGCGGAUCUCUCUGGUCAGCAGUUUCGCCGCCUCCCUCUUCCUGGGCUCUUACGCCCCAAUCGACUUCAGUGAUGGUUCUGGAAUGAAUUUGCUGCAGAUCCAGGGCAAAGUCUGGUCACAGGCAUGCCUGGACGCCUGCGCACCGAAGUUAGAGGAGAAGCUGGGGACCCCUGUGCCUUCUUGCUCAGUUGUGGGAGCUGUGUCUGCCUACUAUGUCCAGCGCUACGGAUUUUCUCCUGACUGCAAAGUGGUGGCCUUCACGGGGGACAACCCAGCGUCUCUGGCUGGCAUGAGGCUGGAGGAAGGAGACAUUGCGGUCAGCCUGGGCACCAGUGACACCCUCUUCCUCUGGCUGCGGCAGCCCACGCCUGCCCUGGAAGGCCACAUCUUCUGUAACCCCGUGGUCCCGGAGCACUAUAUGGCGCUCCUGUGCUUUAAGAACGGCUCCCUCAUGCGAGAGAAGGUCCGUGAUGAGUUUGCUACGGGCUCCUGGAGCGAGUUCUCGAAGGCGCUGGGAUCCACAAAGAUGGGGAAUGGCGGAAAUCUGGGGUUUUAUUUUGAUGUCCUAGAGAUCACCCCCGAAGUUAUCGGGCGCCACAGGUUCAAUGCAGAUGACCAGGAGGUCUUGGCCUUCCCCAGGGAGGUGGAGAUUCGAGCCCUGAUUGAAGGACAGUUCAUGGCCAAGAGGAUCCACGCUGAGGGCCUGGGCUAUCAAGUCCUGCCCAAAACAAAGAUACUGGCCACUGGGGGUGCCUCUCACAACAGGGACAUCCUCCAGGUGCUAGCAGAUGUGUUUGGCGCCCCUGUGUACACCAUGGACACUGCCAACUCAGCCUGCGUGGGUUCUGCGUACCAGGCAUUCCACGGCCUCGCAGUGGGAACCAAUGUGCCUUUCUCAGAGGUGGUGAAGUUAGCCCCGAUUCCCAAAUUAGCUGCCACCCCAGCCCCAAGUGCAGCUCAGGUGUACGAGGCCCUCCUCCCACGCUACGCCAAGCUGGAGCAGGCCAUCGUGCAGCAGGCUGCAAGGUCUCCUCAGUGAAGCACAUCGGCCCGGAGGCUGCAUGGUCCUUUCUCUGUUCCUGGCAUCAGACCUUCAGCCUGGCUCCCCGAAAGCUGCCUUCUCACAUCUUUCAGAACAUGAUGGGCAGCUGGAAUUCCUGAGCCCUUGGCAGGCAGGCAACUCUCCGGGCCUGUCUUUGAUGCCAGGAGGCAGGAUCCACACCGUUGGAUGCGGAUCUCUGGGAUGAGAAUUG